UAAAGUGAGGGCGCCAGAAGUAAGGAAUCUAAGGGUGUGCAUGACGAAUUUUUUCGAGAGUCUCCUCUCAGUAGUUGAGACAAUUGAAGAAUUCGGGGAAGAAAACAGUUAACGACAUUAACACUGAAGAGCGUGCAUUUGGCCGAGAGCCAUGCCCGAGCACACCCCGGCACCGACACCGGCGCGUGCCGUCUACGGGUUCGUCUUGUACCUGGCAUCCGUCACGUCAGCCGCACUCUUCCUGCUGUGGGCGUACGUGCCGCCGGACGUGGCAUCUUCGCUCGGUCUCAGCUACCUGCCGCAGCGCUACUGGGCCGUCGCCCUGCCGGUGCACCUGUGCGUCGGGCUGGCGCUGUUCGCAUUCUUCUUCUACCCCGGACUGGGUCUGGCGAUGACGCCCGCCCUCUCUGACCCGCAGACUGUCGGGGACGGGCGAGGCCGCGGAACGCGCAACGCCGCACCUGCGCCCGGUGCCGUACCCCCGGUGGGAGACCUACACGUCUCCGAGGUGUGCCGCCACCUGUACCUCGGGGGGCAGAGCGGCUGACAGCCGGGGCGUGGAGCUGGGCCGGAGGUGCCUCGCCGAGUCGCGUCCUGAAGUUUGCCAGGCGAGAGGAGCUUCAACCGCUGGUGUUGUUGUGUGGUGGACUCUUGUGGAGCACGUGUUUAUGUUCAGACAAAAGUGUAAAAUUGUUCUAAAGGCUAUUGAUAAAGGUUGUCUUGUGUGAUAAAUGAAUAAACUAUAUUACAUUUUUUCCUCAAAA